UUGUUCACAACACUGCCUUUGUCGCUCGGCGAAUUGAUUUACGUUUCACUCAGAAUAUCCAAGAACAUUUAACAGUUUUAGGACUAAUAUAGUGAAAAACAAUUGCUGAACGAUUUAACGUUGCGCCAAAGCUAAUUAAAUUUGUUUUGCUCUUCGAAAAAUCGUUCAACUAAAUCCUAUUGUUUAGAACAUUAAAAGUUCCGAGGAGUGUUGUUUUUUUUCUUUUUGUUCUUCUUUUUUAGGUAUAAUUAAAAAUGUUCCCAAAUUUCGAUUUUGGUCCCAAAAUUAAAGCAAAGUGGAUUGCUUUAUAAGAAAGCCGCAAAGCUGGAAGAACAGCUUGAGAAAGAGUGGGCACUGCAGAAUGAUCACGCCGGACCGAGCAACCAGUCACCGGUUGUGCAAUCUGCUGAAGAUGUUGCUAUGAGUGACCCCUAUGAAGAGCCUAUGGCGUCUAUGGAAGAGGAGUAUUUGAACGAAAACGGUUACGAUGACGACCGUAUCAGCGAUGAAGGAUCCAUCCACAACGAAGAUACCGACGGCGAAGAGAAUUUGGAGGAAGAGUAUUUGGAGGGAGAGUUUUUGGAGGAGGCGAGCCUGGAAAUUGAUCCAGAAAGCGCGAAGCUACGAGACUCUUUGCGAACUUGGUUGAUUCGCAUUAAAGUUGCUCGUAGCAAUAGUUUGCUUGCAAUACUGCGAAAAGCAUCUUCUCUUUCUGCUUUUUCAUCUCUUACGCAGGAUGUUAGGACAUUACUGAAAGCUCCGGUGAACGUCAGCCAGCAGAUAACUAAGGUUCCAGCUGGAGGUGAAAUUUGGUACCAAGGCGUUGAAUGUUGUUUUCAGCAUUAUUUCCGUGGCGUGGACGUAUCAGAAGAUGAAUUUGAGCUGAAUCUUUCAGUGGAUGGAAUACCCAUUUAUAACCGCAGCGCUAUACAGAUGUGGCCUAUACUGAUGCAGUUGCACAAUAUGCCGAAUGUUCCUGUUAUGGUGGUAGGGAUAUUUUGCGGCACUUCAAAACCAUCCGAUGUUGAGCCUUUCCUGAGACCUUUAGUGGAGGAACUUAAUAGGCUACAUGAUAACAAAAUGACUCUGAAUGGCAAAAAAAUAUCUGUUUCGGUUAGAGUUAUUAUCGCUGACUCGCCUGCACGUGCAUUUAUUAAACAGGUUUGCUACUACAACGGAGUACACGGGUGCUUAAAAUGUAAAUGCUGUGGAACUUCCCUAAAAUCUCCAAAAAAAGUUAUUUUCGAGGAUACAAAAGCACCACCAAGAACAAAUAAGGAAUUUCGAGAUGAAAAACCCAGUUCUACAGGCCACCGGAGAGGUAACACACCUCUUACGGAUUUAAAACGAUUCGACAUGAUAAAAGGUAUAGCUACUAGUGAUUUACUACAUUUAAUACAAUUAGGUAUAGUUUUCAAACUUCUGCUAGGCUGGGUCGAAGGAGCUCUUGCUCCUUUUAAAAAAUGGUGCAAAGAAGAUAUUAUUGAAAUAUCAGAAGAGCUUAUCAGCAUAUUAUUGCCCUCAGAAAUUCAUAGAAAAUUUAGGUCCCUUAAUUUUCUAUGGAUUUCUGCAAAGUGCAAAUACACUUUUGGAAAGGUACAGAAUUUGGUAGUUUUUUGCAUUACGCAGGUAUAG